UUACUCAUGUUUUGUUCUGCAAUCGGCAAGACUAGUAAGCUUAGUUUAGAAUAAGUAAAUUGUGUCGAUAAUUCAGUGGUUUCAGUAUCUAGAACAGCAGUAGUUAUUUUCUAUAGUGGAAAAAAAAGAAUUUCGGUGUAUUUUGUGUGCGAAAUUGCUACUGCCUGGGCCAUGAGUUCUUCAAACGUAUCUGUGCCGUCGGAUUUCUCCAGCGGAGACUUUAUGACGAAUUCUUCACUGGCCAUGGAUGCCUGCUUCACCGCGUUCGACAAGGAUGGCGACGAUCGCCUCUCGCUGGCCGAGUUCACGCUGAUCUGCCGAGCUCUGUUCCGGAAUGAUAAGGGACACAUCUAUGUCGUUCCUUCCGACCGGCUGGAGGAAAUGUUUGCGGUGUUCGAUAAGAACGAGGAUGGCUACAUCGAUCGGGAUGAGUUUCAGUUUUGCUGGAAUCAGUGGAUAAAGACGAUCGUGCGGCCAAUCAGUGCUUUCCUCAUCGUGGAUGUGCAGAACGAUUUUAUCAGCGGUUCCCUGAACAUCAGCAACUGCAGCGCCCAGCAAAACGGAUUGGAGGUAAUCGACCCGAUAAACAAACUACUGGAUACGGUGGACUUCGAUGCGGUAUUUUACUCGCUCGAUUGGCAUCCGAGCGACCAUGUUUCGUUCAUUGAUAACAUCAAGCAGCGGCCGAUCCACCCAACCAGUCCGCUGAACGCCGACAACGCCCAGGUAUACGACACGGUUAUAUUCGCUGGACCACCCCCGAUGAAGCAGCGCCUGUGGCCGCGGCACUGUGUCCAGGAUUCGUGGGGAUCAGAACUACACAAGGAUUUAAAGAUCGUUGAGCAUGGUAUCAAAGUGUACAAGGGAACCAAUCCGGAGGUGGAUUCAUACUCGGUUUUCUGGGACAACAAAAAACUAUCCGACACCACCCUGUGCGGUCAGCUCCGGAUGAAGGGAGCUUCCGAUAUCUACGUGUGCGGGCUUGCGUACGAUGUUUGCGUUGGUGCAACUGCGAUUGAUGCUCUCUCUGCUGGCUAUAGAACGAUUUUGAUAGACGAUUGCUGCCGCGGUGUUGAUGUAAACGAUAUUGAAAGCACGAAGGAAACGGUCAUAUCGAACAAUGGCGUCAUCAUAAAUACACGAGAGGUCAAAGCGAUGGCAGAGGGCCGGGAUCGUCGACCGGAGCUUGGCUACAAGCUGGCCAUGGAGCUGAAGAACGCUGACUCGGAUCUGUCGAAAAAUAAUGCCUGCCGACGACAGGCACAGCCACAGCCGGACAGGCCACAGUGAAAUUAUGCCCUAGCCAGCCAGCCGGUCAGCCCCCACCCGCCUACAGCAUAAUCCCGCUCGUCACGCUUCCGUAGGAGAUCCACUGCUGGUUUUUUUUCGGUCACAGAUCGGUAGAUUGAUUCAUUGCUUGCUGGUCAGCUCUCCUGUGUUUGAUUUCCUCCUAGAGUCGAAUAAUUUUACGGUUUCUUCGGAAUAGUGUUUUAUGUGGGAUUCCAACACGCGGUUGACCACCCAUUCUAGAUUCCAUUGUUUCAGCAGGUCCAGAAAUGACUAUUAAUAGUAGAAACUAUAAAAUAGUUCCAUUUCGGUAUCGGUUUUCGGUUGGCUUGCUUUCUUUACACACCGACACUGAGUUGCAAGUGAUUGGGAGCCCCCCCGAAGCCUGCGCCAUAUUGAUAGAUUUGGCCCCUUCUGUUUUAUUUUAUGGUCAGUUCUAUGCUUUUAUCAAGUAUUGAGGGAAGAAGAUUUGCUUUAGCUGGAUUGGUCGAGGUGGUAAAAUCGUUAUUGAUAGGGUCCUAGGUUUGGUUAAAUGUGUGCGAAUGGUUGAACCAGGUGGUCAAAUAACACGAAGAAGGUGCUUAGUGGUAGAUGAUACUUAGAAAUCCAAUAGUUUUUAGACAGGGUUAGGGAACAAAAUGUUCUUAGUUUUUAGUUUUUUCUGCACAUUUUUUCAAUUAUAUUUGAUAUCUGUUCAGUAGGUGGAAAUAAAUAUGGUAGCGAAAGUGCUUAUGCCCAUGCUAUGGACAGUUACUUAAAAUAAUUAUAUUUAAAAGAAGUAAUAUUAAAUUAGACAUUAGACAACUUUUACCCAACUCACUUUCCCGCCCAUAAACGUCCACAUAUCGUUCAGUUUUCUCAUAGUUAAACCAUUUUAAUUGCCAUUUCAUGAUUUCUGCUGUAAAUGGGAGAAGUUCUCAGAGCAUGCUGUGUUACUCGUUGUACCUAGCCACAAAAUUCGAAAGAAUAUUUGCAUACAAAAAAUAUUGUAUGUGAGCUUUAGAGUCAUACAAUAUGAAUUAUGAAAGUUGAUGCGGAUAAUUAAUUUAUCACACACCAAAGCUACCAGCUGGGGAACUAAGAAGACAAGGCCACGCGGAAGCACACUUGCAAUAACCUGUUAGGUUGUACAUGGCGACCGUGCCUAAACUGUUAUUCUUCCGAUUUCGAUCGCGAUCAAACGCACUGCUGUUUGAGGCUCUUUAAAAUUCUAUCGGACGAUCGAGAGAGCUCCUGUUCUGUUAGUAUGUAGUACGUAAACAGAUACGCAAAACAGAAUGAAAUUCGGUAUAAUUCUAAGGAUCUAACAAAACUGAACAGUUCAAAAUUGUUCCAUUCAGUGGGCUUUUAGAGUGUCAAGCUGUUUAAAAUGUACAAGCAAUUUCCAAGUUCCUCUUGAGUAGUAUCUCAUAAUUGCUGUAGAACGUUAUUGUAAUCAUUUACGUAUUAUUAGAGCUAGUAGCUGCAGUGUGAUUUGUUUCGGAAACAGCUGGUGAAAGAAAAUAUGAUAACAUCUUGGACUUGGAUAACACUAAAAUAGUCGUAAAACUGCACUUUUUUAAACUGGUUAAUAUAUAUUUUUUUUAUAUUUUCAACGUAUGUACAUUCCCGAUAACCCUGUAAUGACCAACACCAAUUUCAGAUCACAUAUUAGCUGAUAGAUGGUAAUGGAUAGUAGUAGCAGUAUUUAAAAUGGUGAAGGUGUAUAGAACUAGUAAACAGAAAAAAACACACGCCUUAGCUCACACAUAGUGAAUAGUGAUAGUAUUGAUUAGACUGCAAGUAAGGUACAAAAUAACCCUUUUGGUAAUCCCUGAUGGUACCUAGAUGCGGUGUCGUUCCGUUGCUUUUCUCUUUAAAAAGUUACUACGGCGUUGACACUUUUUUCGUUCGCUCUUUAUUUCCAUGACAAAGCAAGUUCAGACAAAAACAGUGAUAGCAUUUGACAAAACGUCAUUAGGUACUUAGUAGGCUAUUGAAGCAUACAAGGCUGUAGACAUAGAAACAAAACGAACUUAAAUGUGAAACACAUCACUAUAAAAUAGCUAUAGUGUCUAUAAAAGCAUAUCAGUCCCGUAUGAACUAUCAGAUUAGAUUAUUCAGGAGAGAUCACUAAAUUCUUUUAAAACGGAAGGAACAAACAAACUUUCUCAUAUGGACACGAUAUGUUGUUAUAGGUGA